AUGGCCAAUCAACAGCAUCACGACAGAAGCGUUCAAGAGCGGCUUCAGGCCCUGGCAGCGGAGAUACAGCAGCUCCGUAGCGAGUACAUUGCUGCUGUUGAUCACCACGAUGCCAUGCAGGCCCACGCUGUCGCUAGUCAGUUCCGAGUUGAGAACUUGGGAAGACGCCUCGAAGAAGCAGAACAGCACCAGAGGCAGUUACUGGGCUCGGCCGUGCUCCCGCCCAUUGGCACAGGUCGGGCCCAAGCUGCAUACAGCAGCGGCGGUGGUGCCCGUGGAGGUGCAUCGGACCCUCGCGCUUCUCUGCCCAUCGGAUGUGGCGCCCCUGCCCCGUCACACUCGCUCUCUCGGUCGAACAUCAGCGAAGUCUCCUCAAUCAGUACUAUUCGACCGCACGAUGACACUGCUUCAACUUCACUUUCGGACACCCGCCAUCUCCAGCCUCAAAGCAACAUCAGCAACAACCGGCACAACCUUGCCCUCCUCCGACCUGCUCCUUACAUUCCAUCAUCUGCCCAGGCACAGCAAGCGACCUUUGGGAGCACGGAGAAUGCCAUCUACCUUCCGAUGGUCAUAGAGACCAUCCUCGCCGAAAACAAGAGGUAUGAGCGUGAAGACCGCCUAAGGACCUGUGGCUUUGUCGUGGAGAAACGUAACGGGGAGAGCAACAUCCAAUGCUCGCAACCUACGUUCGAAGUCGCAUGUUUCCGGGCCAAACAUUUCCACUUCUGCCGAGCACACAUGCGGGUUGUGCCUGCAGAAAAGACCCUGUGCAGCCACCGCCGUCCCCAGGAGUGCUUGCUCGUCGUCUACGAGGACCGGCUCGACUGGGAGAUCAUUGUCGAAGCGGCGAUUGAGGCUGGCAACCUCGGCAGCAAGGGCCUCGACUUCCAGGAUCUGAGGGAGGCACUCUACCCUCCGCAGCUAUAUCCUCACAUGUGGAUGGACUAG